GAGUCCCUCACCUCUCACACUUAUAUGCAAGUCAAAACGUCAUUUAAUGUUCUUAUUGUCUUCAAGCUUUAUAUAGUAUAUAAAUAGAUAACUCAUAUAUAGUAUUCAUCACAUUACUACUUAAUAUAUUUCUUAUAUAUAACAAACACAUUGAGUUUCAUAAGCUAUAUUAGCCAUGGCAAGCUCCAAGUUGAUAGGGGCUAUUUUCAUUGUUCUCUUCGUUGUAGACUUAGCAUGUGCUGCUAGGUUACUUGGUGGUGGUGGCAAAGGUGGUGGUGGUGGUGGUGGUGGUGGUGAAGGUGGAGGAGGUGGUGGUGGUUUAGGUGGACGUGGCUCUGGGUAUGGUUCAGGGUAUGGGGAGGGUGGCGGUGAAGGGUAUGGUGGAGGAUCACUAAGUGGUGGUGGUGGUGGUGGUGGAGGAGGUGGUGGUAGAGGUGGAGGUGGUGGUGGUGGUUCUGGUGGAUCUGGCUAUGGUUCUGGUUAUGGGGAAGGAGGUGGAUAUGGUGAAGGAGGUGGAAGAGGAGGAAGAGGUGGUGGUGGCGGGGGAGGAGGUGGAGGUGGUGGUGGAGGCGGUGGUGGUGGUAAUGGAGGUUAUGGCAGUGGCUCUGGGUAUGGUUCGGGAUAUGGUUCCGGUUCGGGAGGAAAUGAGUACCCUUAAACGUAUGAGUUCUUAUUAUAACUAAAUUAAUAACUAUAGCAUUAAUAUUCAAUCUUCUUCGUAUAUGUAAUUUCCAAUAAUAAUUUGAAGUGUGACUUAGUAGUCAUUAUACUUCAUGCAUGGAGGGUUUUAUAUACUGUAUAUCAUGGUUACUUGAAUAAUUUAUUAUCAUCGUUGGCUUAUUAUUGCAAGUGACGUUGAAAUCAAAAUCAUAUAGUGUAACAUUAAUAAAAGAAUACUUUGUUGUCGUUAGAGUCUUUAA